CAGCUUUCCAUCCAUCAGCUGUCACAACAUCAAAGAAAAGAAAUUGAAAAUUUCACAAAUAAGAAACAAUCAAUCAAUGGUUUUAACACCAAUAGUGUCUGUUUACAAAAGUUUAAUGAUUAAACAAAUAAUUCGCUACAAUAGCUCCAUGAAUCAAAUACUUCGGACAGGUGAAUGUUUGUAAACAUUGAAUUCUCUACUUAUUUCAUUAACAGAAAUCUCACGCGCAUUUUCACUAAAUAAACAGGAUAUUCAACUUUAAGAAGCAUGAGCAACGCUCCUGGUCCUGUUGAAGGCACAAUAAGGGACAAACUACAGUCUCAAUUAACGGCAACUUAUGUAGAUGUUAUAAAUGAAUCUUACAUGCACAAUGUACCGAAAGGAGCAGAAACACAUUUCAAAGUUGUUGUCGUAUCGGAUAAAUUUGACGGCUUACCUCUAAUAAAGAGACAUCGUUUGGUAAAUGAUGUGCUAAAAGAAGAGCUUCAGACUGGAGUCCAUGCCCUCUCCAUAAUAGCUAAGACACCUCAGCAGUGGGAAAUUAGUGAUAAGAUUGUGGAGAGCAGUCCUAAUUGUAGAGGAGGUUUCGGAAAAUAAACUUAUAGCAGGUUAUAAAAAAAAACAUAUGGAAUUAAAGUUAUAAUUUAUUUAAUGUGUACCUAAAAUUAUAUUUCAAUAAAUAAUAUUUUGUAUCUA